AUGGCCUCCACGACUCGGCCCUUCAUCUUCGCCCUCGCUCUUCUCACUAUUUACACCUCCCUGCCACUCUCCCUCUCCCAGCCCACCGCCGAAGCUCCCUCCCCGGCCGCCGAUUCCUGCAACGGCAUCUUCAUCUCCUACUCCUACACCGCCGGCAAGAAGAUCCCCCCCACCGAUCCAUCCAACCAGCCCUACCGCUUCGAGUCCGUCCUCACUGUGCUCAACAACGGCGACGUGGACCUCAAGUCCUGGAAGGUCUUCGUAGGGUUUCAGCACCACGAGUACUUAGCCUCUGCUGAAAAUGCUGUCCUCGCCGACGGGACUGCCUAUCCUGGAAGUGUGGAAAACGGCACCGUUUUCGCCGGGUUCCCGCAGACCGAUCUGAAGACGGCGAUCAAGACCGCCGGCGACUUGAACCAGAUGCAGGUGCAGGUGAAGUUGCUGGGGACGCAGUUCGGUGUUGCGCCGCCGAAUGUUCCGAUGCCGGCGAAUAUCACUUUGGCUAAUGAUGGCUUCCGUUGCCCUAAGCCUUCUAUGCACGGGAAGAGUGUAAUGGAAGUCUGCUGUGUUGUGGACGCUACGGUGAAAACAAACAUCACCGUAGACGAAGAGUUCCUCCCUCGUCAGAAUGGAGAUCUGUCAAUCAUGUAUGAUGUGAUCCGGACGUAUGGAUCAAGUUACGUUGCGCAAGUUACAAUCGCCAACCAUAACUCUCUUGGCCGUCUUGAUAGUUGGAAGUUGAGCUGGGACUGGAUGGCACAAGAGUUCAUCAAUACGAUGAGAGGGGCAUAUCCAUCUGUGGUUGAUUCUUCAGAUUGCAUAUUUGGCGAACAAGGUCAAUACUGGGGGGAUAAAGACUUCGCCAAAGUCUUGAGUUGUGAAAAAAGGCCAACCAUUACUGACCUGCCUCUGGAAAUGACCAAUAACACUGAACUUGGCUUGAUCCCAUAUUGUUGCCGAAAUGGUACUAUAUUGCCGACAACAAUGGAUGCAAGCAAGUCAAAAUCUUCAUUCCAGAUGGAAGUCUAUAAAAUGCCACCAAAUAUCAACCGCUCCGUGAUCAUACCACCACAAAACUGGGCAAUCAAUGGCUCUCUCAACCCUGAUUAUAAAUGUGGUCCUCCUGUUCGGGUGAGUCCUAGUCAGUUCCCUGAUGCAAGUGGUUUACCGGUGAAUUCAACUGCAGUAGCUAGCUGGCAGGUUGUGUGCAAUAUUACACAGGCCAAGGGAGCGAGCCCUAGAUGCUGCGUUUCAUAUUCUGCUUACUUCAACGAGUCUGUUAUACCAUGCAAAACUUGUGCGUGUGGAUGCCCUAGUAACACAGCUCAAACUUGUAGCACAACUGCACCGGCUAUGCUUCUUCCACCAGAUUCGCUUCUUGUUCCUUUUGUGAACCGAUCUGUCAAGGCAAAAGCUUGGGCUGACCUUUACCACCUACCAAAUCCAAACCCGACACCCUGUGGUGAUAACUGUGGGGUCAGCAUUAAUUGGCACUUGCUCUCAGACUACAGUAAAGGAUGGACUGCAAGGGUUACACUCUUUAAUUGGGAUGAAACUUCUUUUGCUGAUUGGUUUGCUGCAGUACAACUGGAUAACGCUUCUCUUGGUUUCGAAAAAAUGUACUCUUUCAACGCUACUCUUGUGGAAACAGAUGGGGUCAACAAAACGGUGUUUAUGCAGGGUCUUGAAGGAUUGAACUACCUCGUGGGAGAAGUAGAUGGGAAAAACCCAGCGAAGGAUCCUAGGGUGCCCGGGAAGCAGCAAUCAGUGAUCUCAUUUACAAAGAAGCUUACUCCUGGAAUUAAUGUGGCUGGUAAAGAUGGGUUUCCGACAAAAGUGUUCUUUAAUGGGGAGGAGUGCUCACUUCCUGAUAUAAUCCCAAGUAGUGCUUACAGAAGGAGCUCAGCCAUAUGGAUGUUUCCUGUCCUCCUAACGCUUGCAGUGUUCAUGUUGAUGCAGCAAUAGCCAGGUGAUGAGGGCUCUUCUGUGGUAGCUGCUGCGGAUUUUUUUAUUCUCUCAGUGGUUGGAUUGAUACAUGCUUAACGAGGAGGAUUGACAGAAUCUCAACUGCCAACCAUAUAUGACUGGUAUUUUUGAGGUUCUUGUAUUGGUGGUAGUGCUGUUCAUCUUCAAGUUUUCAAUAGAGGAUUGAUACCCGCAGGUGACAGCAAUCGUAUGUAGCCAUCGGUUUCACAUUUUGUAUAAACAACUAUCGAAGUAGGUUGCUUGCUCAGAUUUUUCUUGCUACAUAUAUUUAUAUAUACAUUUGUUAGGUGGUGUUGUCGUGGAUCUAUUCUUAAUUCAAUAUAAUCUCUUUUCCAA